UGACUGGAUGAAACUUUCCAAAAAAACUACAUAUUUCACUUUACAAAAAAUACAGCAAAAUAGAUUGUUUUUCAAAAUUAUUGUGCCUUAAACCGUGAGGCAAGUAUAGUGAAUUGAAUUUAGCCAAUUAAUUAAAUUGGUUAGCCAGAAUCUCUUUUUAUAUGACUUUGGUUUGACGUAAAAGGUUAUAAGAAGAUAAAACAUGGCAGUCAAACAGAAAAAUGUAGUAGGGCCAGUAGCGCCUCCAUCUCCAGAACUAAGGCUUCCGAUUAUUCUAAGGGUGCUGCAAGAUAUCCAGGAAAGAGAUGGAUCCAGUAUUAACAUCUACAGUCAAAUUGUUAUGGGUCUGGGUACUGUUGGAGUACCAAGUGAUCCGGCAAUGUACAUGAAGUUCAUCGAAGACAUUAAAAGUGUCCAAAAUAUAUUGAUGAAAUCUAAUGAUAAUAAAGAGGUGAUUUCUGUCACUCUGAAGGCACUGUACAAUGAAAUUUCUAAUCCAAAUAAGAAUCCUAGUCCAGUCAUGUCUAUUGUCUUACAAGUUAUUAAUCCAGACUUAUUGCCAAAAGCAGUAAAAUUCAUCCUGAGCUCAGGCUACCCAGACCAAGGCCUAGAACGUGCCCUACAUACCCUUUGCACAUGGUUAACAAAAUGGACGUGGACCGAAAAUCUUGGUCCUUUGGUUCUAGCUGUGAUGAAAGGCCUAGAACAAGAGCAAUUCCAUGAAAUCCUUGUGGAAGUCACGCUAAACACCAUUGAACCCCUCUUUAGGCUAAUUGUGUUGCCAGCCAGCCGGCGAGCGGUGUUUCCUGUAGUUCAUCAUAUGCUCACCAGGCUACAGCAUAGUCCACAAGCCUUCCAUAAGGUGUUGCCACACGCUUGUAAUGUGAUAAAUAUAUUAGCAAAAGAUGAGGCUAGUAAACCGUACCUUUUACAAUUGGUGAACUUAUUUUUGGCUCUGCUGGACCAUUUUCCUGGAUAUGAUGAGCUUUACGAGCCUAUUAGGGUCGCUUUAAACCCCUACUGCCUUACAGUCAGCUAUAAAAAGCCACUGAAUUGUCAAAGUUGGAGGUAUAAUGUUAGUGUGCCACUACCCUUGAGAUCUCAUUUAGGUAAAGUGGGCUUGUAUAACCUAGGGAACACUUGCUACAUGAAUAGCGUCCUACAGGCUCUCUAUAUGACAAAAACCUUUAGAAAUAACUUGUUAACACACAGUUGUCAAGUGUUGCCUCCACUUUAUACAAAACUACAAGUGCUUUUCGCCCUGUUACAACAUUCAAAGAAGGUUUGUUUGUCCCCGAGUGAUAUUUUAAUGUUGUUACGGCCUCCGGGGUUUGUUAUGGGACACCAGCAUGAUAGCUCAGAGUUUUUGGGGUAUUUGUUGGAUACACUGCAUGAACAAGAGAAAAGUGUUGCUGCAGGAGUAGUCACACAGUUUAAUGAUGAGGCCUCAGGAUCACAGGCAGUAAAAAGUACGGUGGUAGAGGUGUCGUUCGGAGGUACCACCGUGACCGUAUCGCAUUGCGAGGAGUGCGGCACCAAAAGCGAAAGAACAGACAAUUUUCGGGAUCUACAGUUAUCAUUUCCCGCGAACUUGGACGGCCAGAGUGUACAGCAUCUGUUGGACUUUUACUUGCAGUCCGAGAAGCUUUGUGGCGAUAAUCAGUACCGGUGUGAUGUGUGCGACAAAUUGACUGACGGUGAGCGAAUAACAAAAAUAGUAAAAUCCCCGACCCACCUAGUGUUAACCUUAAAACACUUCAGGUACGAUCCGACGUCCCACGUGCGUACCAAACUGUUACAAAGGGUGAACCUGGACGGGCGCGUGUGCCUCGCCGGUAAUUACUACGACUUAUACGCGGCCGUAGUGCAUUACGGUACCAGCGUGGACUCGGGCCAUUACUACACUUUCGCCAAAGACCCGACCGUCGGUUGGUACAAGUUCAACGACAGUGCGGUAACGAAAUGCGGCGAGGAGAGUCUACAUCUGCUGAAACCGCCGGAAACUCCCUAUAUCUUAUUCUACGCCCGCGAGGAUUUGGCAGAUGAGCCGAAUUUGCCGUGCGAGGGUCUGUCGAUGGCAUUGAGACGCGUCGUGUCUCAGGAUCAUGCAGAAAGUGAUCUGGGGGCGGUACCGCAGCCGGUCGUAACUCGCGACCGGAAUAGACAGAGAAGGAACGAUGACGAUCCGCCGCCCCCCGGGUGCGGGGGAGGCGGCUUUAAUACACCGUCCGGGAAUAUGUUUGUUUGCUAAGCGGAAUAAACAGGCACUGAAGAGUUGAGUAUAGUUGAUUUGUUUUGUUUUUUUUUUUAACUUUGUUUGGUAGCAAGUAGGUUUGUAAAUUAUAAUUCUAACUUGCUGGAAGUAUUUUUAUUUUAAUGGGUGAAACUCUGAGAAUGUACAGGGUUGUUCCUUAUACUUAGACAAAGUCUAUCUUAGUUGUUAUACGAGGUGGAAAAAAAAUUUAAAAUAAAUUUUGUAAAGUUUAUCUUAAAUCCCAUGUUCUAAAAUAUAAACCAGGGGUAUCGCAAAGUUAAUAAAAAAUACAAAGUUUGUAUUUCUAAAUUGAACACCUUGUAUAUUUGAGCCGCCCAAUUCCAAAACUCUUUCAAUCCAUGCAUACAAAUUUUACACCAGAAGCAAAAAACCUCGGUAUACUUUUUAUUAAAAAAGAAAAGUGGUUAAAAGUUAUUAAUUUAUACUUUGUUAUUUUACUAACUAAAUAUUUGUUAUCAAAAAAUAAAUUCAAGUAAUACUAAAAUAGUUAUUUGAAAAAAUAAUACGGAUUUGAUAAGUUUUGUUUCCGGACUAUGGAACUAGAGACUUAUGUUACAUCAUGUGGGUGCUUAAUUAAAAGAAAAAAAAUUAAAAAUAAAAACAAGUAAGAAAGUAAUUUUAUUUUCUUAUAGAUACAGGUUUAUAAAACUAAAAUUCUAAGAUCAUCCUCUUCCUCCAUAUAUACAAUCUCUUCAUCUUCUACUUCAUCAGAACAUUCAAUGAUAUUGUCAAUAGCUUUUUUUUAUAAAAAGAUAAAUGAAGCUCUUUUAUAUUUUUCCAAUCUUGACCAAAAUGUUUCUGUAACAAGACAUCUACAUCUUUUUUACUUUGCUGGUUUCUGUUUAAGGAAACUUACAGAUUCCCAAUAGUAAAGUUAGAAAAGUUUAUAAAGAACCGGUGACAUCAACAAGCGGCAAAAUCCGCGCAUCUCGUUAUUUUAUCGAUCGGGUCAGAUGACUAUGUCGAGGUCUGAAGACAGUGGAGGCGGCACACUUGUUGAAAUUAUUAAUAUUUAUUUGUACUAGAGUUUAAAUAGCCCUAGAUUUUUAGUAGGUAUAGCUAGCGAUAUUAUAAAUGCGUUUGAUUUAGUUAAUAUACCAACUAAGAAUGCAUAUAUUUGAAUUUCAUUGCUCCGAGAUUCGUUUAAAAAAAUUUAGAUAAAUUAAAAUUAUAUUUUUUAGCAUUGUGAUGUGCCCAUAAAAAAUCUAAUAAAAAAUAGUUUUACUUACAGGAGGAUGCAGUUCGCUAAUUAUUUUUAAAAUAGGACUUCAAAUAGGUAUUUUUUUAUCAAAAUACUGGGUUUCCCAACUCAGUAUUUUGAUAAAAGGUUUUCCACCAUAACAAAGCACUGAGCUUUUUAUUUUCAACAGUUUUUCAAACAAACUCUUUUCCCCAAAGUCCCUCUCGGGAUCUGUAUCAAGUCAAGUCAAUAUCUCAUAUCAAGUUCUACCAUAACAUUUUGAUCAUCGAUGGUGUUCAUAUUUUGACCUAUUCGAUAUAUGGCUUCGCAACCCUCAAUUUGUUCUUGUGCUGACAUUAUUAAUCCUUGGCUUCUGGGAUCCAACAGGCAAGCUGCUAAAUGAAUAGGUUUUAAAGCGCGUAGUCUUCUAUCUUUGAAUUUUUGCGUAAUUAAACCAGCUUCAGUGGUACGGAAUAUCAGAGGUUAAAACUGUUCCAAGUUUUUUUCUAUUUCUAAAAAUGCCAAAUGGACUACGUGAAUGGUGUUGUAGUCACCUUCUAAAUACGUAAUCCAAUGUACAAUUGGUUUCAAAAGACUGCGAAAGUUUUCUAAAUCUGACCAAAACUGAUCAUCUAGUAAAGUUUGUUUAUGAUUUGUGAAAGUCUUUAUGGCAUCUUCGUUUAUUGCCAUUGUUUGUAAUAUACAUUUGUAACGACUAAACUAUUUAGACACUCCAAGUAACUUCCCCAGCGCGUUUUCACUGGCAAAUGUAAAGAGGAUUGUAUACUUUUUUCAAUGUUUAGUUGUUUAAAUUCCGCUGUUAACAACUAUGAAUUUCUUUGAUUUCCACCCAACAAUUAAACAAUUUUUUAGCCGUUUUACAUUGUAAAAUGUCGUUAAUUAUCAAGUGGAGAGUGUGAGCCAUACAACCUAUCCAUAUUAUGUGAGAGUACUUUUCAUUGAGAAGUCUUCCACAUUUUAACAUAUUGGAAGUAUUGUCUGAAAUAAGCACUAGAAAUUUUUCAGGCCCUAGUUUUUCUAUAAUCUCAACUAUUUCGGACAGUAAAUAUUCAGAAGUAUGUCUGUUCCUCUUAGUUUCAACAAAAGAAUAAAAAUAUGGAUUGGGUGUAUAAAAUUUAUAUGUGUAUAUAUUUUAACAAUAAAAUUUAAGAUCCCUUCAUUCCUAACGUUAGACCAUCCAUCCAAUGCUAAAUUCAGAUUAACGGAUGACUAUGUUUUUCUCGACUUGUUCUUUAACUAACAAAAAUUCUUUCUCUAAAAGAGUUGUCGACAAAACUUUUCUGGUUGGUAGCUUAUAUGCAGGUCGUAAUUUAUGAAAUAGUUCCUCCCAUAAUGGAUGUUCAAAAAGUGAGAAAGAUACACCUGUUGCAUAGAGGGCCCUUGCCAAUAGUGUGUCAGUUUGUGCCUGAAACAAUAAGAGACCAAAAUAUUAAACAUUAGAUAUUUUAAAUCUAUAAAUCAUAUCAGACAUAAAACCGUUUCGGGACAACCUGUAUAUAUAUAUAUAUAUAUAUAUAUAUAUAUAUAUAUAUAUAUAUAUUUAUAUAUAUAAAUAUAUAUAUUAUAAAAAUACCUGUUCUUUAGUAUUCAUGGUGUCAAAGAAUUUUGAAACAGACAUGGACAUCUUCGCAGACUUAGACUCAAGCAUUGCUAUUGAAGCGGAACUGGCGCAACUUAAACUGUUACCUUCCUCAUUUACUUCAAUCAUAGGCAUAUCAAGGUCGAUGCUUUCUGGUUCUUGUUCUGAACAUUCAACAUUAACACUUGCACCAGCUGAAGAAUAAUUCAAUUUGGCCAAUCCCACCAUUCCCACCGAGUUUGAGUUCGAUUUCUCAGACAGUUUAUUCUUCAGCAUAAUAGGGCACUUAAUGCAUUUCUUAAUAUGCGUUGUAAAUUUGUCGGCAUUUUUAUUUGUAUAAAUCUUGCCACAAUAUUUACAUUCGUACACAGUCUUAUUCUUGCACCUUUUUUUUUAAAAAAAACUUCUAAAUAUCACUUUUUGGCUUCAUAAUUAACCCUUAUUAUAUUUUUCUACACAAAUUUACCGCACUAGAGCGAAUCCCGAUCCGAAACCAAUCUAUUUCGGGGAUGACGACGGCGAUUGAGUGCAACGAGUCGUCGCCGACGGCGCACGUCCGCGAUCCGCGACACGAUUCCUGUCGAUUGGGCCGAUAUAAUCACGAUUCACGCUCACACCACGCGAAUGCACAAAUAAAAUGUGGGCAAGAUUGCCAAUAAUAUUCCCAGAAUUGUGGUAACAUUCCCAUCAGCAUACUUGGGUAAAAUGACAUAAGAAACUUACAUAGGUACAUAAGGUCAUUACAAGUUAAAACUAACAUAGUUUACAUACCUAUUGUUUGCUUCUUUUAGAAAUACCAGCACACUCACAAUGUGCCCAUUUCGAGCACGAUUGACAUCUAGCCCAUGUUUCCUUGGACUAUAUUGUAACAGUACAAACUGUUACAAUAUAGGCAGGGUGGAUCAUCUUCGUCGUCUUCAUCUUGAAACAGCUCUUCAUUAUCAGAGUUUUCGUCUAUUGGGACAAAGUGUUUGGAUGCUACUAUGGCAGCCUUACGUGUUAUGCGGUUUUUACUUUCUUUGGCAACUUCUUUGAUUUGAAUAACUUCUUUUAAACUUUCAGGGCUUUCAACUAAAUGAGUUAAUUUUUUUUUGGUUCGUUUCGCGGCUUUUCGAAAUUCAGCAGCUUGUUUUUCCGCUUCGCUAGCUUUAAGUUCCUCUAAUAUUGGGGUACUCGUAAGCACUUUGGUUCCUUCUGCCUUCCGCUUUUUUGGGUUUGCUUGUAUCCCAGAUGAACUUGGAAGAGGGGAAAUGUCUUGUGGGCGAAUAACUGAAAUAUUGUUUAUAUUCAAUGAAUGGUUAGGCACUUGAGUAUCACCAUCUUAAUAUCUAUCUGUGACCAUUGCAGGGUUAAACAGAUAAUCAGGAAAUAUAUCUGGGUUUAGCGGCCAUAUUCCUGUUUUCAUAAACCCACUAACAGCAUUUUGAUUUGUAGCUGCUUUUCCAUAUGCUGCAGCAAAUAACCCGCCAAUCUGAUAUGAAGAAACAGUUCCUGCUGCCUGGAUGACAUUUUAGCCAUUUUGUAACUUCUUGAUCAUAAAAUAUUUUUAAUGGCCCAAAAAAGCACACAUCUAAAGGUUGCAGCCGGUGGGUGCAAUGAGGUGGGAAACAUAUCAUUUCUAUUCCAUUUUCUUUAGCAAAUCUUGUAACAUCUAGAGUUUUAUGGCUAGCAUGACCAUCAACCAGAAGUAACACUUUAUUUGCCUUUGAAGGAUUAGAAUAUUCUCUAAAAUGUUACAUCCAUUUUAGAAAAAUCUCGCCCGUCAUCCAGCCUGUCUCCUGAGCUAGUCCCAAUGUACCUAAGGGAGCCUCGUCGGUCAGUUCCUUUUUCUAGUUUUUUCUGGGAAAAAUUAAUGAUGAGGGAAUAUAGGCUCCUGCUGCGCUCAUGCAAACCACAGCUGUAAUAUGCUGCCCCCUUUCAGCACUUGAAAUUAAGCCAACUUGUUUUCGACCUUUGGUAGCAAGUAUUCGGCUAGGUUUUUGGACAGUAAACAGGCCAGAUUCGUCUACAUUCCAAAUGCGCGUGGGGUUGAUAUGCUCUUUUUCAAUUGUCUCUUAAAAAGUUCUAAAAAAAUUAGCAAUUUGCAGUUUAUUGAAGGAUUGUGCUCUAGCGUCCGAAGUAGCUUCAGGCUUUCUAAGAGAUAUAUCGGGGUUUCUGGACCUAAAUCCAUGUAGCCAAUCCCAACCAGCCAUUUUAGUAAUUGAGUUGAACCUGUGUGCAAUUCCAUUUCUUUCUGCCAGUUGAUACGCCAAGGAACGAACUUCAUCGCAUGAUAAACCAAAUAAACAAGAUUCCAAUAAUUUAAUAUGUUGAACUAGGUCCCUCUCCAACUCUACGGAAAACGUGGUUUCGUAUCGGCCUAGACCCUUAUCAGUAGCUUUGACUCUUUUAUUUUUGUCCGAUGCUCGUCUUCUUAGCGUAGCCUGGGGUACGCCAAAUGUUUUUAAAGCUUUGAACCAGCCCAUUUAUCCAUUUUGUACUGCCGCAAUAGCUCUUUGCAUCUGUAACGGAUCCCAAGACUGACGCGUGGUUUUUCUUGAGUAAUUUCCAACCAUUCUAAAAAAAAUAAGAAGAAACAAUUCAUUUUGAGAAACUGUAAAAAAAUAAGGGCAAAAUGACAUACUAUGUCAUUUUAGCUAUAUAGGUCCUAUGUCAUUUUACCCAACUUGCACCACAAACACAUGUUCAUUUAUAAAAAUGUUAUUUAUCAAAAAAAAUUUUAAAAUGUUGUUAUUUUACCAAUAAAGAAGAUUAAUACAUACCUGUAAUUAGGUUAGAGCGUAAAAAAUUAAACUUUAAAUACUUUAGUUAAAUCUUCUGUUUUAAAACACAAACAUUUUGUAGACUUGAAAAAAUACAAAGCACGCCCUAUGAACGUUAACGCCAAACUAAUCUCGAUAUUUUUAAUACGCGUAAUAUAAAGACAUGCCGAGACACUGUUGACAUAAAGUUAUUCCGAAAAAUACUUUUGCCAAGUUGGAGAUUUUGUACCUAUGUUGUUUUACCCUAGUAUGUCAUUUUAGGCCCGCCUCCCCUAUUUAUUUUAUUAUUAACGAUUAACGCCAUAGUAACGUGGAUUUAGUUAAAAAAAUAUUUUUUAUUAUUUUUUUUCUAAAAUGUAAAUAUUUGGAGAACAGCUAAACCAAACGUUAACAUGUCAUAUAUUUUUGAAAAAAAAAUCUUUCAUUUAAUACACAAAUAUACAAGAUAUUUUCUUUAAAAAAUACAAACUUUGUAUUUUUUAUUAUUACUAGGGGUAUCGCAAAGUUACUUAAGGUACAACUUUUAUAGUUAAAGCUUAUUUCCAUUCCGUAUAAUAACCGAGCUACGCUCUGUCUAAAUGUAAAGAACCGCACUCUACAGUUUUAAAACAAGUUGAAAAUUACUAGUUUAUCGCUCUGUUCUUGCCGAGUCAUUUUACAGUAUAAGUCUUACCAGUAAUAAGUAACCAUUUUUUAUAAAUUUGAACAAAAAUGGAUUAUACUUCUAGAAUUUAUUUUAACAAAAACAUCUGUAUCUGUGAAAAGACUGCUAGAAAGGUUCGUAUUUUAUUUAUUUAUUUUUGCAUGGCUCAACAAUUCAUAUUAACAAUAUUUCUUUAUACAGGGGAAUCAUAAUUUAGGUUUGGUACAUACAUGCUGUUUUAAAUUCGACCCUCAACAUGAGGAUCUCGGCAUAUAUAAGAGAUACGAAGAUAAUUGAUUAAAUUAGGGCAAAGGUGAGAAUUUUUAAGCUUAAUAAUAUGCCGUUUAAAAAAAAUAAAAUUCCGAAUCGUUCCGAAGAUAUUCGAAAAAAUACGAAAUUUUGAAAAAUGGCGUUUUCUCUUUUGCCAACCAUCAUCAACUUUGUUUUUCCUUAUAGGCGCAAUAUUUAAUUUUUGCAUUUUUAAAAUCCUUGCAAAAUUUCCUUGUUAAUUUUUACUUUUAAAAACCUGAAUUUUUGAAAAAAAAAUAAAUUUGUUGCAAUAGGAUGUGCAUAAAAUGACAAGACAAGUUUAAACUGUCAAUAAAUGUUACAAGUUAUAAAUACAAGAUAGAAAGAAAUACUAGCAAUGCAAUUCCGUAAUUAGGUACACACAUUACUUCAGGGUUACACCAUUAGUAUUUUCGAAACACCUGUAAAUAUUAAAAGAAAAAACUAAAUUAAUCUAUUUACUCAAAAAACAACUUGAUGAUUUUUUAGUGUUAUCCUUGCCGAGCACUAUUUUCAAUCGACCUGCCAAACCUUUUUGUAAGAUAAUUUAAAAUUUGUCGUGUAUUGUGUGGGAGACCAUCAUGAUGAAACCAAACUUUAUAGUAAUUUUCUAAAGGAAUCAUGUUAUCCAAAUAGUCUUUAAAAUCCGAUCUUAAAAACUGGUAAUAAGAAUCUCCUUUAAAAGAUCCAUUAAUCCAAAAUUCAAUUUUUAUAAAUAGUUGCCCAAACAUUUAGGCUAAAUCGCACUUGUAUCUGAAUUUUAUUUAUCCUUUUAGUCAUUUUUAUUAAUUUUCCGUGAAUUUGAAAUUUUGUUGAAGGUUGAGUUUUCGGAAUCAAUUUUCAUAAUUUACAGGCAUUUGUAGUAAUUUUUUGUUUUUUAAGAUUUCUUUAUAAUAACAUCAAAUUCAUAUUUUAUUUUAUUUUUGAAAAUUACGUUAAAUGCCUGGAAUACAGAAAAUUACUCAAAAUUACUAAAAAAUAUAAAAAAAUUAUUGAAUUCUCUGGAAGGCAUAAAAAUGUCCAUCGCCAAAUGUCUGAAAUAAAAUAGAAAUGUUAAUAUAGAAAUGUCUAGAGGUCAUAAAAAAUCACUCCAAGCAUCUGGAAAAUAGAAAAACUGACCCUAAAACCCUGAAAUAAAACAAAACUUUAUUUUAAAUGCCUAGAAUAAUUAAAAAAUUACUUGUUAAACCUGGAAAGCUUAUCAAAAAAGUCUAAAAACAUGGAAAUUUCUCGAAUUAAAAACGCCAAUAAUUUACCCUGAAAGCCUAAAAUUAAAUAAAAAAUUAUUUCAAAUGCCUGAAAUAAUAUAAGUAAAGUGUAAUGUAAGAGUCGGAAAAUCCAGAAAAAAGUUAAAAUUUAUUUUAAAAAUUCUGAUAUUAAAAACUGAAAAGAAUAACUUACUUUAACCCUUAUUAUCCUGAAUUUCCUUUUUUUGAUUAAAAAUGUUUUUUUUUGGUAUUAUUUUGUUUAAAUGGAUUUUGUGAAUAUAUUUGUGUAAUUAUUUAACCCAAAAAAUCCGCCAUUUUUUAUUUAUAGGGAGUUACAUAUAUGUAACGCUAGGACAAUAUGGGUACAAAAAAAUUACCUUUAAUUGACUUAAAAUAUUUAUUUGGAACGAAAAAGUUUAUAAACUCUGUUAAAAAUAAAAGAAAAACAUAAAGCUUACGUUGUAUGGAAUUUCAUAUUACAAUCUAUACAUAAACCCAAUUCACAUUUUGAGCACAUGAUUCUCACACUUGAAGAGCACAGCGUCUUCGUUUAUUGUUAGGAAUAUAAACCAGCUAGUGAUCCAGACGAUCAUGUCUAAGUUGAUCAGACACUCUGUUUGAUGUUGUACUUAGAAACUUAAAAACUAGAUUUGGGUCGACCCGCUCUCUUUGAUUCGGUACCGUAUUUUCUAAUAUAGGUCGUAGCAAUAUCUCUGCGAAAAUCGAGCUGUACACAAUUUUUUCCAGCUUUCUUGUAUAGAUACCAAGCAUUUUCUAUGGAAACAUCAAGCAUCCAUGUGAAUAAUGACCACCACCAUUUUUUUAGACCUUAUGCCAAUGCAGUAUCUGGAAACAUUCUGAUCCAUCAAGUCUGUUCCACCCAUCGAUUUGCUGUAUUUAGCAACCAAUGGACAACAACUGAACACUCUUUUUGUCAUUUCUGGAAAACCGCUUUACGUGAGUAAUGGGUUCCAUUCCAAAACUUGUGGACGCCAUUGUCACAACAUUGUUAUCCGACCAACGAAUAAACAUAACUCCACUAUUGCGAUCAAGAACCGAUUCAGAAUCACCCCGAUUAGCGUUUUUAUGAAAAUUCGCUUUUGUAGAUAACGGUAUAUCUUUAGAUAGCCGGUUGUCUCUUAUGGUUCCCGUACACCAAACAUUUUUUUCUCGCAUAUGUUCCAGGAGAUUAUUGUAAAUAAAUUAUCAGUGUAUAGUUUGUAAGGCAAGUUUUUUUUUCUGGUAGAAACUGUCGUAACAUAUGAAGCAGCGGAGCCGUGCACUUACCAUAUAAUUUUUCAUCGCGCUCAGUAGUCUUAGGAUUUUUGCCUUGAUAAAUGUCAAAAUUGACAUUUGGUCCCCCCCGAUUGGUGUUCAAGGACCACAUUUUAAAACCGAAUCGAAUGGGUUUUCCAGGUAUAAACUGCUUGCAUCCGUGCUUGCCAAAGUAUUUCACCAUAGAUUCAUCAUAAUCUAGAUCUUCUUCAGGCACAAAAUAUUUUAAAAAUCUGGACUGUAGUUGAUCCACAAGUAGACGGAUUUUCCACGCCUUAUCUUUUUCAUUCAGCUUAUUGUUGUCGGCAAAAUGUAAGAACUGCAUGAUUUGUUCAAAUCGAUUUCGUCUCAUUCCGUUUUUCACGACUGGAUUUGCCAUAUCUGGCUGAGAAUCCCAGAAAUAGCGUUUUCCCGGCUUAGGAUCAUAUCCACUUAAAAUCAUUAUACCGAUAAAGCAUUUCAAUUCAUCCAUAGUGAUAUUAGGAUCUGGGCAGUUUUUAAACAUUGCAUACUUGCGUGUUUCUUCUAGUAUAUAGACUAAGAAGGUCUCAUCCCAAAAUAUUUCAAAUACUUCAGUAGGGGUCAUAUUUUCAAAAGUUGAAAAAUCGUAAGGUGGAAACGUAUUUUCACUAGCAAUAAGAUCGCCCUUCAACCAAGAAUAGGUUCUUUCAGGGAAAAAGUCUUCGCACGACAAUCUUUCAUUUUCUUCUGCAUCACAAUUUAGCACUUGUUCUUCUUCUGUUGUCACAGUCGCCGGGUUAUCUUCUUUUUCAGGAUGGCUUGAAUGGUUUUUCAGAAGAACUUCAACUUCAGUGCGUAGCUGUCUACCAGACAAGUGGUCUAAAUCUCCCUCCUCGUCCUCGUUACCCGAUUCUUCAUCCGUAAGCACAUUUACCUCAGGAGGUUCUGUAUAAAUAGCAUCAAUAUCAUCUUCGUAUGCGAUUUGUAAGGCUUGUUUAAGAGUUAAUCCACCACUAAAACAAAAUUUAUAUUAAAAUUAUUUAAUAAAACCAUGAUAUAAUAAGCAAACAUAUCACUUGAAAAAAAAAGUAAAUAUUUAUUUUCUCAGUAGUGUAUUAUCCUAGCGUUACAUAUAUGUAACGAUGAGAAAUAAACACCUGUCCAAUCCAAAUUUAGGAAAAUAUCGAAUUUAUACUCUAUUAUUCUAUACUAAUCAACAUUAUUUAAUUAAAAAUUAUUAUUUAUUUUAUAAAAAAACAUGAUUGCGCUAAUAUUAUCAAGUUACAGGAAUAAUUAUAAUACUUAUACUAGUCGAACGUCCAUUUUUCGGCGAUUUUUGAAAACACGGUUACGGAAACAUGCACACAAAGCGACAAAACAAAUUAAUAUGACCGACGUAAGUGAAAUACAUAAAGAAAUAUAUUAUUCCUACUGAUAACUAGCGCUAUCUAUGAAAGAAUAGCAAAAGUAACCAAACAGCGUACUUAGAAAACGUGGUUAAAAGCGUUACAUCGUUGAUUGAAAAGGGAAUCGCCUCUUCAAUCAACGGUUACAUAUAUCUAACGCUAGGAUAAUAUGUGUUAGAACCUUAAAAUUAAAAGGCAAAUUUUUUGAAAGGCAAUUCAUUGAAAUUGUGGGGGAUUAUUUUGACUACCAAUGUGUUUAUAAUUUCUAUUAAAAAUAUCCCAGUUUGUAAAUGAACUUUCAUCGGUUCAUAUCACAUUCUCAAGAAAAUUGGGGUAAUCAGUAAUUUUUUGCACCAGUUACAAAGAAAAACGCACGUCUUUCAGUAUCACCAGGAUGCAAUUUUUGAGCUAAAUUAAUUUUAAAUGGCUGAUUUCCACUUUUUUUAAGUCGUCUUCAAACACUUCAAAUUCAAAAUACUUUAUUUGCCUAAAAAAAGAAAAACAAUUCUAACUAAAAGCUAAUUGCAGCAGAAUCACACGGUUUUCUUUAGACAAAAGGAUGGUAUCGCGAUUUUUAAAACCGUUGACUGUAUGUAUGCCAACAAGUGCCAAACAAGUGAUACAACUCUACUACUACUACUAAUAUUUAACAUUUAAGAAACUUAACAGAACGAAAGGCUGAAAAAAUAUCUGGUAAAAAAAAUUGUAUUUAUAAAGAGAAAGAAACAAAAUAAAAAGUCACAUUUAUGGUGCGCAAAAGGUCGAAAGUGGCUCGGUGGUACCCCAACAGACAAAGGAGGACUGAUCCGCGAGAUCCGAGAGAGCCUUCAGGAACUUCAGAGGUUCUAUUGUGAUUCUAGCAAAAACUCUUUUAUAUAAGGAAAAUUUAAAAAAAAAUUUUUUUUUACAUAUUUUUAGUAUUUAUUGAGAGAUUAUUCCAUAACAUUGUGGCAUUAUAUAGAAAAGACUUCUGACAUCACUGUAUGAUACAGAGAUGAUUUUUUUUUUGUAUUCUUAUAUAAAAGUAUCUUGUGCUAAUGAGCAUCAUACCUAAUGGCAUUUAGUGAACCCAAAGGUGACAACGGAUAAAUUAAAAAGUCCAGGGUCCUAUUUAAAAAAAAACAAUAUUAGUUAAUGAUGGUAUCUGAAUGCGUCAUUAAGUUUUUUUUCGAAUAUAUUCGGAAAUAUUGGACAAUUUUUUUAAUGGAUUUUAAUAAGCAUCACAAUUCGCAAGUUUUAAGUCACUAUCGAAUUUAGGAUAUAUGAGUCAAAAAAAUUACUCAUGUAUAUCGUUGUUUUUCGAAUAUAAUCUGGGAGAGUGACAGACAAUUCAAUAGGUCAAAAAAUAUAGCAUUAAUGUAUACCUACACAUAAAAUUUCAUUUGAUUUUGCUUAAAAAGAAAGGAUAUGUUAUAGUCGCUAUUCUUGGCACCCUCCAGCUUGAAUCACCUUGUAUGGUUUCCCCAAGCAGAUACUACUUAAUUAUUGUUUUUUUUACCAUUGUUAUGUGUGAUGGUUUAUUAUUAAGAAUAUUUGGUUGUUAAAAAAGUUGGAAUUGAAAGAUCAUUUUAUAUAGACGGUAUUGGCAUUAAAAUGUGAUAGUUUGAAACAAGAUUUUUGUAAAUAUAUACUUUACUAUGAAAUAGGUCCAGUGUAAAUAUUCAUAUCGAAAAAUAAAUAAAACGAUCAAAAUAUAAUACUGUGUAGUUAGCUUUUAAGUUUUAAUUAAUAAUGUAAGUUGAAUUAAAAAAAUUCACUUUAAAUAAAAAUAUUCUAGAUA